GCUCAGAUGCGUGGUGGCAGACACAGCUUCAACCAAGGACUUGAGAGCAUACUGUAUUUGCGAGGACUGGGCCACAAAAAGCGAUUUACACCUCAAGAGUCUUAUGAUAUCGCAAAAACUAAGACGGUGCAGUACCCUCUGUACGAAGUGCAAUGGCUAGAAAAACGGACAUUCCCUCUUCUUACUAUGGUGAGCCUCGCAAGUUUGACCCAACUUUUAGAGGACCCAUCCAUAACAGGAGCUGCACUGACGUUGUGUGCUGUGUUAUCUUCGUCAUCGUCAUCCUCGGUUACAUCGCUCUGGGCACCGUGGCUUGGAUCCAUGGAGACCCCAGGAAGGUGGUCUACCCAACCGAUAGCCAUGGACAGUUCUGUGGCCAGCAGGGGACCCCUAAUGUAAAUAAAGCCAUAUUAUUCUACUUCAACAUAUUGCAAUGUGCCAAUCCUGCAGUCCUCAUUAACCUUCAGUGCCCUACCACCCAGCUGUGUGUCUCCAAGUGCCCUGACAGAUUUGCUACCUACCUGGACAUGCAAUACAACUACAGGUACAACAAGAGCUACUGGGAUUACUAUAGACAGUUCUGCAAGCCCGGCUUCGACAAUCCAAGCAAGCCAGUAGCACAAGUCUUACGAGAUGAAGACUGCCCAUCCAUGAUAGUGCCGAGCAGGCCAUUCCUUCAGCGGUGUUUCCCUGACUUCAUCACCAGGAACGGAACACUAACUGUUGCCAACAAGACUAACUUCAAAGAUGGACUAGGUAAAACGAGGAGUGUUGUCGAUCUCAGAGACGCUGCCAAGGAAUCCUCCUUUGCAACCAGAGAGAGCUGGACAGCUAUUUCAGGCCAAGUUACCGCCGUGCAGCAAGGAGUGGAAAGUGGCAUUACCAGUCUGCUUGAUGCCAAAGAGGUUGGCAUGAAGAUCUUUGAGGACUAUGCCAGUUCUUGGUAUUGGAUUCUAAUUGGUCUAGUUAUAACAAUGGUGGUCAGCCUGGCCUUUAUCCUGUUGCUGCGAUUCACUGCUGGUGUGCUGCUGUGGCUUAUCAUCUUUGGGGUUAUCGCUGCUGUGGGCUACGGUAUCUGGCACUGCUAUUGGGAGUUCAGCACAUUGCGAGGGAAGCCAGACGCCGAUGUCACAGUCUCAGAUAUUGGUUUCCAAACUGACUUCAGGGUUUACCUACAGCUUAGUCAGACCUGGCUGGUCUUCAUGAUCUCCUUGUCAGUCAUUGAGGUGGUCAUUGUGAUAAUACUUAUAUUUCUAAGGAGGAGAGUACGUAUUGCCAUCGCACUUCUGAAGGAGGGAAGCAAGGCAAUUGGCUAUAUUAUGUCCACCCUGUUCUACCCGAUCAUCACCUUUGUGCUGCUGGCCAUCUGCAUAGCCUACUGGGCUGUCACAGCAGUCUUUUUGGCAUCUUCUGGUGACGCAGUCUACAAAGUCAUGUCCACGCAGUCCAACUGCAUGUACUCCAACCUCACUUGUGAUCCAGAGACAUUUGGUCAGACCAAUGUCACCAAGGUAUGCCCAGGCUCCCAGUGCACAUUUGCCUUCUACGGAGGGGAAAGCCUCUACCAUCGCUACAUCUUCGUGCUGCAGUUGUGCAACCUGCUGGUGUUUCUGUGGCUGGUCAACUUCACCAUCGCCCUGGGCCAGUGCACUCUGGCCGGGGCUUUUGCAUCCUAUUAUUGGGCCCUGAAGAAGCCCAAUGACAUCCCCACCUGUCCCCUUUUCUCCUCCUUCAGCAGGGCCAUACGCUAUCACACAGGUUCCCUGGCUUUUGGUUCUCUGAUCCUGGCUGUGGUCCAAAUGUUCCGCAUAGUUUUGGAGUACCUGGAUCACAAACUUAAAGGUGCUCACAAUGCAUUCGCACGGUUCCUCCUCUGCUGCCUCAAAUGCUGCUUCUGGUGCCUGGAGCAUUUCAUAAAGUUCAUGAACAGGAACGCCUACAUCAUGAUAGCAAUAUAUGGGAAGAACUUUUGCACUUCAGCCAAGGAUGCUUUCUUUCUGCUGAUGAGGAACGUUGUGAGGGUGGCUGUCCUGGACAAGGUCACAGACUUUUUACUCUUCUUGGGAAAACUGCUUAUUUCAGGAAGUGUGGGUGUCCUAGCAUUCUUCUUUUUCACUCGUAAGAUACCAGUAAUUCAAGAGGAGGUGCCAUCUUUGAAUUACUAUUGGGUCCCCUUACUGACGGUGAUAUUUGGAUCCUACAUGAUUGCACAUGGCUUUUUUAAUGUCUAUGCCAUGUGUGUGGACACCUUGUUCCUGUGCUUUUUGGUGGAUUUGGAGGUCAACAACGGCACUGCUGCCCGCCCCUUCUACAUGAGCAGUACCUUAAGAAACAUACUCAACAAAAAGAACAGCAGAAGGAAAGAGAAGAGGUAGAGUGAAGGAGAGAAGGGGUAAGAGUUGGCUGGUUUAAACGAUGACCUAAGAAGACUGAAGAGAAAACCAGGGAUACUUUGGAGAUUUUAUGAAUUUAAGAAUAAACUAAUUAUGUGGUUUCAUCGGUGUUAUGCUUUUUGGGAGUUCUCUUUUGGAAAGUGUGAGCUAAAGACUGCGUGCCACACUGGUAAAAAUGUAUAUUGUUGGGGCCAAAUAAUGCAUGAAUUAGUUGGUAUGGCCUGGUAUAAACGGCACUAAAGUUGUCAAAAAGGGUGAGUGAUUUCUGCAUGUUUUUUUAAGGAUUUUUGCCAGACUGGAUUUCAUGCUUUUCCCAGAUUAGUGGUGGUCCACAAGGUGGUGCAAUCUUAAGAAUCCCCGAUGUAUAGUAUUGUGUCAAGAAAGCAUAAUAAACAGUUGAUUAAGGUUUAUUGUUAAAUGCUUAUUACUUGCCAUGUAUGAUUAUAGCCCACAAGAUCAUUUUAUUUUCUCAUAUUGAGAAAUGUAUAGUGUCCAUUAUUCAUCUCUAAUUUAGCACUGUACUAUGAGUAUGUAAUAUCAUUAAAAUUAAAGUGUUUCAUUCUUAAGUGCCUUAUUUUUACUUUUUUUACAAGCACGUUGAAUGUUUAAUUGUGUUGAAAUGAAAUAAUUUGCUUGAUGUUUCACUGGAUAGAAUCAAAUACUGAAGUGGACAGAUUCAUUUUUAACACCAUGUGUAGUUCAAUAGAAGGAUAUUGAGUGUUAAUGUCAGUGUCAUAGUUUCCUAUAUGCAAAAAAAAAAAUCCUGUCUUUGAAUGCACCAUUCCCACUUUGUCAAUUUUAUUCGGCAAGUUCUAUAAACAAUGUAUGCACAAAUGUAUUACAGCUUAACAGUCCACAUGGUGUUGUUUUUACUUCUAUUUUUAUAUAUAUUGAUAACUUAAUUUCAGUGAAUUAACUAUGCAUGUUAGUGUUUUCUAGUUGUGUUUUUUUGUAUAGCCCACUGUUGAUAUGUACUGUACUGUUGCUCUGACCUUUCCUUGAAAUACAGAAAUCAGAUAACAUUGAAGUACAUAGUGGUUUCCCCCCUCUGUGAACUUAAUUAUUUUGUUUCACCUCAGUCAUGUACUGGAGAGACAAAGAUUAUUGUUUAAAGUGUCAACCAAAAAAUGUUGUACCUUGAAUUAUUUAUGGAACUGCACUAAUUGUUACAGGUCAUUUGAAUAUAUUGUAAUGUAUUCUAAGAUAAUGUCACCUUUCUUCUGGACUUUUUGUAUCGCAAGUGCUUGUAUGUAACUUAAUUUACAAAUGUUGUAAUAAACAGCUGUUGUUAUGAGAAAGUAUUUGUAACAAACUGAUG